GUUUGGUGAUGGAUGUUGUGAGCUGGCCGCAGCCUUCCUCUCAAGUUUUCAUGGUGCCCCAGUUUCUAGCCGGAGCUGCAUGGGCAGCGGCAUUCUUCAGGCAAGAUUUCUGAAAUUCAAAUCACCUUCAGCUUGCUGUGAGCCACAAAAAGUCAACGCUGUUGAAGUGUUCCAAUACAGAAAGCCAAAGUAUUUUCCUUCGCAGAUCUCUUAUUCGGAUUCAUUGCUGUCGCUCUUCGGCGGCAUUCUGCCAAUGAGCAACGGAUUGAAGCUGCUCACCACCAGGCUUGCCAACUUACGCAAUUGGGGUGAGCCAGCACCGUCUUUGCAAGUGGCAACUGCAAAACUGGAGAAUCAGAGCUCAACAGCUAGCGCAGCUAGGCUCUUUGCAAGCUUAGACAUUGGACCUUUGCAGGCCCCAGAUGUUGGGCCUUUUCAGGCCCCAGAUGUCGGGCCUUUGCAGGUAUCCAUGACCUUGACACCAGUCUUCUUCACGCCUGUCUUCUUCGACCUCUUCUUCUUCGGAGCAGCUUUGGCCUUCGGAUUGGGAGCAGGCACAUUCCCUGCCACAAACUCAGCAACACCCAAGCGCUCACUGGAGGAGGUCGAACAGGCCCCGCGGGCAUAUGCAUUGGAUGCGGGCUCAUCUGUGGAACCCCAGCUUGAGGAACAGGUUCAAGGCAAGGUGGCGUCUUUCCCUCAGCAGGUCUUUGGAGCGUGCUUGAAUGCUGCGUGGUACAUUGCUUGCGUCCCUUUGCCCACUUGGCGUUGUUGUUGUCUGCCGACCGACGCGGCUGCAGUUGACUUAUCGCGCGUCUUGUACCGGUGUGUCCGUGCCAUUGGUGGCGGGUGGACCGAACAGCUACAUGUGGACCCGGCUCUUGCUUCCUUGGCAGAACAAUGGCGUGUCCGAUGCGGUUUGUCUUCUAUACGUUCCUGUCCUUUGUGUCAAACGGGCCCUGGUACCCCACGACAUGUUGUAAUGGUUUGCCCUUCCAUGCGCCCUCUAGUUGAUAUGUUGCGGGACUGUCUGGAACAAGAGUUUGCAAGGUUGGUUCCCGCUUCUGUUCUCCUGGAACGUGCGGGCACUUGGCGCACCACCCUUGAGUCGCAAGGGCGGCCUUUGGGCCGGCCGGAUCCUGUCGAUGCCCGCCGUUGGCCCAUAUUGACGGCUUGGCGUUUUCUGGUGCCGAUGCCUGAUCGCGAACCAGUGCUUUCUGCCGAUGUCAAUGGGAGCAGCAAGGCGGCCGUGGCUGCUGAGAUGGCCAGUGAUUUGGGCUAUCGAGCCAUUUUGCCUUUUGCGCUUGGGCAGGCUGUGUGUCGGCUUGCUGCCAGUACUACUACAAAUAGUUUUGCGGGGGAACGUUUCGCAGUGGUUCACAACCCUGGAGAUGUUCAGCAAGAAGCCGUGCAAGAAACUGCAAGGAAAAAACAGAUGGCGCCUGCCAUCACAGUUACCACACUUCUGCUUCUUGGUCUCCGGCGUGUGAGAAUCGAGUACGCGAAGCGUACCUCGUUCUGGCGUGCCUGUGCUUCUUCGUUCUUCGAGGAGACACCGGUUGAUGUUGGUCCUUCGCGGGGGCUCCCCGCCCCUUCAACUUUGCAGGGGUGGUUGGUGUCUGCUGCCGGCCAGUCUUGUGUCAAGGAAUAUGGCGUUGGUGGGUCCCUACCCCGUCUGUCCUCGAAUCUCGUCUGCGCCGUGAACCCACCGGGGAUGCGCGGUUGGUGCUCAAUACUAGGUGCGCUUGUGUUGCUACCUCCCCGCUUCCUGCGCUCAUGGUUUGUGACGGGUGCGUGCCCUAGUCGGCCCAGCGUCUUUCCUCCAACUGGUGAACUUGCGCGUCAUCUCGGCAUGCUGGAGGCAGCAACGGAGCCUGGGGCUGGUGACGCAGUCGCGCGCCCUAAAGCAAGUGUCAGCUGGGGCAAGGUGAGGCGGUGGUUGUUGCGCUUACUUCGUCAUGCGUCUUUUACCAAAGAGGAUGCAUUUGUGCACUGUCAGGAACAUUUCCAUGACGCGGACCCCGGCGUUCUUCGUCCAGUGUUUGAGCAAGUCCUUGGCGUGGUCUGCCGCGAGGGUCUGCUGGCUGACCUCCUCCUUCGACCCGUCCACCUGUCGCUGUGUCAGGGGCGCGUCCGGAUGUUGGCCCACCUCGGCAGCAAAGGCAACCUGACGCUUCUACAAGGCAGUCGUCCAGGGCCAGGGCGGGUGGUGCGGCGCCUGUGCGGUCGCAACAAGCCAGAGGUGUUGGGCAAGUUGGGCCGCGUGCUGCUCAGUCUCCAGGACAAACAGCUGCUGCUCCAACUCGCCGACCUAUCUUUCAGGGGCAGGGGCGACCAAGUGCUCCAGCAGUUGGUCAAGAGAGGAGUGGGCCCUAACUCAGAGCCUGCUGCGAUUCCCACUGAAGACUUUGGUGAUGUCGCUGUCCGAGGGGCUCGUGAAGCCUUGUCCAUUGCGGACGAUGACGAUGUAUGUGGCUUCUGGGAUGCAGUCAUCGGGUUCUGUUCUUUUUGGUCCGGUUUGCUUUUAACGGACCACCAGAAACUGGCGGGGAGGGUCUGCGAUGACGUCUUCGGAGCUGACCCUGAGAUCUGCCGGUGGAG